AUGAAAAAAUUUAAAAAACUAUCACAAAGAGAUGAGUUUUUACUUGUUUUAAUGCGAUUAAGAUUAGGUCUUCUAAAUCAAGACUUAGCUGAUCGUUUUGGCAUAUCCCCAGCAUUGUGUUCUCGUACAUUCACAACUUGGAUUAAAAUGUUAAGUCAAGUUUUAGGACAAGCAUUAGUUGUAUGGCUUCCACGUGAAUCUAUUCGUAACAUUCUGCCACCUGUUUUUGUGAAAGCUGGUUAUCAAAAAUGUAGAGUGAUUCUUGAUUGUGCAGAAGUGUUUAUAGAGCGUUCAAAGUCCCUUGAUAAGCAAUCAAGCACCUGGUCAGAAUAUAAGCAUCAUAAUACAUUUAAAUUUUUAAUAGGUGUUAGUCCAACUGGAUAUAUUACAUUUCUUUCUUCAUGUUAUGGUGGAAGAGCAAGUGAUAGGUUUAUUACAAGAGAUGGUGGUAUAUAUAAUCUACUAGUGAGAGAUGAUGAAGUUAUGGCUGAUCAAGUUGUUCCACCUGGUGCCCGCUUGAAAAGUCAAUUAACCACCAAAGAAGUUCAAAAAACUAAACAUGUUGCAAAUCUAAGAAUACAUGUAGAGCGAGCUAUUAACAGAAUUAAAACAUACAGAAUUCUAAAUGGAAGUAUGUCAAUUAGCAUGCUGCAACAUGCAGAUGACAUUUUACUAACAUGUGGUGCACUUUGUAAUUUAAAACCAAAACUGAUAGCAGACCCUAAACCAAAAAUAAGUACUCAUUAA